AAACAGGCACGGAGGGGAGGGGGGCAUCAGAGUGUGCGGGGUAGAGCUGUACAGUAAACAAUUCUGGUACGCUUGCAAUGAUAUACACCAGAACUGUAUGCUAUAGUGCAGACGUCGCAUGCCGCAUGUGCACGCCUGUCAGUGGAACCUCAGUGCACACCACAUCCAUACAAGCUGGACCAGGAGGAAAACAAGCUGCGCUUAUUCUGCCUCUCCUCGAGGGAGUGUAAUUGCAUGAUGGGAGAGAAAGGAGCUGCUGCUAUUAUGAACGAAUAUAAAACACACCACUGAUAUUCGGUAGGCAUUGGUGGGAAAAACAAGCAACGCGCGCAGCAAUGGAGAACCAGGCGGCGAUGGAGCCGCAGAGCUACGAGGACGUUCGGAAAAGCGGUUAUCUCCGCAAGCAGAAAUCUAUGCACCGGCGCUUUUUCGUUCUCCGGGCUGCCUCGGAGCAGGGCCCAGCAAGACUUGAAUAUUACGAAAACGAGAAGAAAUUCCGCAGCAAGUCACCGGUCCCAAAGAAAGCGGUUAACCUGGACUCUUGUUUCAACAUCAACAAACGGGCAGAUUCAAAGAACAAGCACAUGAUAGUGCUGUAUACCCGCGGGGAGAGCUUUGCCAUAGCCGCGGACACUGAGGAGGUCCAAAACGAAUGGUACCAGGCCAUGCUGGAUCUACAAUGUAACUGUAAAACUCCUGAUGACUGUGGCAGUGGAGGAGAUGGUGGACUUCCUUCCCCAGGCCCUGCCUUUAAAGAGGUCUGGCAGGUUAAAGUCUGGCCCAAAGGUUUGGGCCAGGCCAGAAAUCUGGUUGGAAUCUACCGACUUUGUUUGACAGACAAAACCGUCAAUUUUGUCAAACUAAACUCUGAUGUUGCUGCUGUGGUCCUCCAACUAAUGAAUGUGCGACGCUGUGGCCACUCAGAGAACUUCUUUUUCAUUGAAGUGGGUCGUUCUGCAAUGACAGGACCUGGAGAAUUCUGGAUGCAAGUUGAGGAUUCAGUGGUGGCACAGAACAUGCAUGAGACCCUACUUGAGGCCAUGAAAGCUCUAAGUGAAGAGUUCCGUCAACGAAGCAAAUCCCAGACUGUUGGCGUUACUUGUGGAGGAGGAACUGCCUCUAACCCUAUUAGUGUACCAUCUAGGCGACACCACCCAAAUCUGCCACCCUCCCAGGUUGGUUUCUCCAGACGUGCUAGAACAGAAACCCCUGGAGUCGCUCAUAGCACCAACACAUCCCCAAUUCCACGGCAUGGAUUCUCAAGAUCACGGACAGCCAGUAUUGGGGCUCGAACAGAAGAUGGAGGGGGCAGAGCAACAGCACUCAGCACAAGCCCAAGUCUCAAUGGGUCAUCAUGCUCAACUACACCUACCCUGCGACCUAAACCCACACGAGCACCCACUCCGGCUAAAAUAACUCUCAGCCUUGCUCGGUACACACCUAACCCUGCACCUUCUCCAGCCCCUAGCCUUUCAUCUAGCUCUGGGCAUGGAUCAGAGUGUGGGUUGGGUGGAGCUGCCUUUGGGACUGUCCCAAUCUGCACCUAUGCUCGAAUUCCCCAAAGAGUGUCCAUGUCAGGAUCUCCCAGUGAUUAUGGUUCUUCUGAUGAAUAUGGCUCCAGCCCUGGUGAACACACACUGCUAGCUGCAGGGCUUUCUGCUGCUCUUGUUGAAGGUGGAGCUAAUUAUAUCCUGAUGGGACACAGAGAAGGUUCUCACAAACGUGCUCAUGGACGCAGAAUUCUUCGUCGGUCUUCUGCUCGUGAGUGUGAGGCUGAGCGCAGGCUGCUCAGCAAGCGUGCUUCCUUACCCCCUGCCUCUGCCCAGGAGCGCUUAGUUCUACGCCGUAGAGAGGAGGAAGAGGAGGAUGAAGUGGAGUAUGCAGUGAUGUCACGCAGUGCAAGUAGAGAAUCUUUCACAUCACGCCGAGGCUCAGGGGGUUCAGCUACAACAUCUUUAGUGCAGGACACUUCAGCAAAUAAAGGUGUUAGCACUAAAGGGGGCCCUGAAGACACAAUUGAAAGUGGCUACAUGUCUAUGUUACCAGGUGUUACGGCUCCUCCUGCUUCAUUGUCGUUAUCAGUUUCUGGUUCAGAAGCAGCAUCAAAGGGUGGCGAUGAAUACAUGGCCAUGACCCCCAACAAUAGUGUUUCACCCCCUCAGCACAUCCAACAGCCAGUCAAUGAGGGAUAUAUGAUGAUGUCUCCAAACAGUAGUUGUUCACCUGAUUUACAUGGCCUUAGUGGAUGCAUUUGGGGGAGCAGAGGGAGCAUGGAGAGUCGGGCAGGCAGUGACUAUAUGAACAUGUCACCUAUAAGUGCCAGAUCAGCUUGCAGUACACCUCCAUCACACCCAGAGCAGCAACCACUGCAGCCAAAGAUGGUCUAUUCUUAUUUUUCUCUGCCACGUUCAUACAAACAUACUGCCCUUUCUACCCAUUUUGAGGAUAAUCUAGACAGGGCUUGUAUUGGUAGAGGUGAAGCUGGAAGAAAGAUUGCACGUAGUGGUUACCAUUGCGAAGGGGACACAUCUGUGGGCUCAGGUGUCGGUGGUCAGCUCUCUCUGUCCUCAUCCUCUUUCUCAUCUAGUUCAGCUAGCAGUGAAAGCCUUGAAGAUAGGUCAUUAUCUCUGUCUGUAGCAAAUAGGUCUGGCACAGGACACAGGGUGGGUGGACUUCACCCCAAGGUCUCUACCCAACAGCAUUACCAGCAGAGAUGUGGACCAGGUGUCCACAAACAGGGUCAUUUACAGCAGAGGAAGGACAAGUCCUCAAGCUUCGUCAUGGAUAUGUCCAAAGCCAACACGCUGCCAAGAGUCAGGGAGACAUUGCAGCCAACUGCAUCCCAGAAUCCUGGAGAGUAUGUAAGCAUUACUUAUCAGGGUGAGCAAGGAGGCCAUAACACUGGGAGGAGUACAGAUAAACCAGGGAACUCCAUGGCACAAGGACAUCGAAGAGCUUUUCACCGACCACAGUCAUGUCAUGGUGCAACUGCCAACCUUCCACGGAGCUUCUCAGCACCCCUUGCCACCUCCAUCUCUUUAUCCUCGGAAUAUGUGAACAUGGACAUAGGUAACUCACAUUCUUCACACACUCCCUUGUCCUCUUUCAAACCUGCCCCCAAAGUCAGAGAGGAGCUCACAAGAGCUCCUCAGAUGGAGCAAAAAGUGGAAAUAGGACUCAGGAAGAGCAGCGCUACCACAUCUGUAGAUGUUGCUGCUGUUUCUUUUACAGACUAUACUGAGAUGAAAUUUGGAUUAGGGGCAGAUACAACAUUAAAGUCCCCAAAACCUGGUCAAACACCUCAACCAACCUCCAUGGAACAGGAACAUAACAUGAAUUUCUCUUCACCCAAAGCUUUUUCAAACGUGGAUCAGGGUGCUCGAGUAGUCAGGGCAGAAUCAUCAGCAAGAAGGCGGCACCGCUCAGAAACAUUUAUGGUGCCUCCAACUCAUCCCCUGUCUCCCUCUGCUUCCCCUUGUCCUUUUCCUGAAACAUCCCAUGGUGCUCCACCACGACAGCAAGGAUUAGAGAGUAACCUCUGGGCCACUGGUCAGCCAACUUCCCCACAGUGUGCCAGCCCUGGAGCAGCAGCUCUACCCACUGCCCAGAGUUCACCCUUAUGCUUGGAGCAAGGCCUAAACUACAUUGAUUUGGACUUAGUCAGUAGGGAGAACUCUCAAACCAGUGGAGAUGGACCCUCUGGCCCUCACUCAUUUUUCUCUCCUGUAGUAGGAGGAGGGUUGACUGGGGGAUUGGGUGGGGCAGGAGGAAACACCACCUCCGGCAUCAACACAUAUGCCAGCAUUGAUUUCAUCAAGUCAGAAGAAAUGAGAGUCCAUCAGAACAGCAGGAAGGAUAGUAAAGAUUGUUAACGUGUUCCUGUAUUCAAAGAUAUGAUGGAGAACCAGUCAGCACCUGUCCUUUCUGCGUGAGUGUUUGUGUGCACCUGAUGUGAACUGAAAAAUUGUGCGAUUGCCCAAAUCCCUCAGCAGAGACAUAACUGCCCUUGCCUCAUAAUAACACAUAGUCUCAUUUGUUUUCAUUGGUCCAAUCGAAAUAACAUGUAACGUGUGCCAAAAGACUAUUGGUCAUUUCCGCUAGAGAACACCGAGACAGACGCGUCCUUCAGCCAGACACGAAGGGCCACUGCAACUCUGACUGCCAACCUGGAGCCAAUGAUAUUCAUUUUUCAUCCACCACAAUCUUUAAAGUAUUGUAAGACAGAUGUUAAAUAGUAUAAUAAUGAAUAAAACUAUAUUUAGCAGACAUCAAUAUUAUUUUACAAAAUCUAUCUAUCUACAUGAAUAUGUUUUUAACAAAGUGCCUCAUUUUUGAUUGUAGCCAUUUUUACACAGGUCUUAAUGUGCUCAGUAGACGAAAAAUGCUUCAUAUUCUUUGUUUUGCUUUGCUCAUUCUUUUGUGUUCCCGUGUGUUGUGUAUCCCGAACAAGUUGAGAGGCAAGUGUUAAAGAAAGCGAGAAUAAGAGAUGAUAAGGAUAAAGAGCUUUAAUUUGGUAUAGUUUGCUUAAUCACAUUGCCUUACUGUGUUAUAGUUAUUGUGUGUGUGUGUGUGUGCGCGUGCGUGCGUGCAUGUGUGUGCACGUUUCAGCCGUGGUGUGCCUCAUUUCAUUAAAAGAUAGCUGGACAUAAACGCAUUCAAAAACUCAAAACUAAAUGCAUACAUUGUUAUCUGAUUAAACACUAUUGGUAAAUACACAUAUUCAUUGCAUAUACAGAUACACACAUAUUUAUAUAAAAAUACAUUCGCUGUUAAUCUGAGCAUGGUGGCAUCAGAUGGCUGGAGCACAAAAUCUGUCAAAAUUCUGAUCGCUCUGUUCAAUUGAAUUAAAAUUCAGUGUCAGUGUGUGUAAGAGAGAGAGAGAGAGAGAGAAAAUACUAUAAGAAUUGUCUUUAUAUAGCCAGGGUAGUAAAACAUUUUAUUGUAGCAUAAUGCGAUCUCCACUAUACUUCAGUCUCGCGCAAACACACACACACACACACACACACACACACAUUAAAAUUUUAAAUGUGCCUAACAUCAAAUGCAAUUAUAGUUUGGAUAUCAGCAGACUGACCUACAGUCUACUCUAUAAAUUAAACACAAACACACACCUCGCCAGAUAGCUGAUAUCUGUCAUCAGAUUUCUCUCUGCAUGACCUGUUGAUGUUAUUACACCUCUGCUGGGUUAUAUGCAAAGAUACUCACAUAGUCAACUCGACCCGUAAUAAUGAAUGUGCUUUUAGCGUCCGCUUCUUUCAUGUUAACAUUCAUAUUUGUCUGUUUAAAGGUAAGAGUAACAAGGGAACAGGGUCUUUAAAUGCCGUCUGGACAGUGGUGCCUCUUUUGAAACAUUGCUAAAAGCAUAGCACCGGUCGUAUUAAUAAUUUAAAAAUAUAUAUUUUCAAGCACUUGUUUUGACUAUUAUUAACUUUGAUGGCUUCUGCAGUUUUUUAUUAAUCCAGUUGUUUAACUUAUAUUGUGUAAAAAGAUCCUGUUUUAGUGCCAAAAUCAUAAAUCACACACUAUCCUCACUCAUGCACUGAACAACAUGAGUGAUCUCAUAAAGCAAAACAUUUCUGCUUUUUUAAUAACAGAUUUUUAGUGACAGAUAUUUUUCUCUUUUGCCUGCACAAUCUGCGUAUUUUCUAUCACGUAUAUGCUAAUGUAAAGUCAUAUUUCACAUAGUGAAACAGCUGCCUUCAGUUAAAAGGAAUCUACAUUAUGAAGCCUUAUAGUGCUUAUAUGAAUGCCUUUUCUAUCAUGUAAAAAUAAGAGCCUCUUCUAUGUUAUGCAUAUUAUAUACAUGCUACUUAAUAUGUAAUACAGGUGACAUGCAGUUGUUUUUUGCAUUUAUUACAGGUGAAAUUUGCUUACACGGUGUUAAUAGUUAUUAUUCACAUAACUUUGGCUAUACAAUGAUUAUCAUUGAUUAGAUUACAUGCACACAUCUCACUCAAACAAAUACAAAUAUCCACAUUACCUCAUAGUCUAUAUUUAGGAUUAAACUAGCAGAAGAGCAGCAGAUGGUGAUUAUGAUGGCGUACUGUAGGGUGGGCUUAAAUGUUGCCCCUUAAGAGUUUUACCUCUUUGUUUGUUUUUCCUCUGUAAUCGGACAUGGGCCUUUUUCAAUCCACCUCAUUAUAUAAACAACAAAGAAUGCGUCUUAAACAUGAAAUGGUUUUUCAUGAGUGUGUGUGCGUAUGAAUGUGUAUCCAUCAGUCCAACUUAUUCUGCUUCUUCCAUAUCUUUACUGUAUUUUAAUUGCCUUAUUGUCUAUAUUAGCUCUUUUUAAUACCCGGCAGCUGUAAAAUAUGCUUUUUAUUCUAGACAAGUGUGAAUUGUGUUUGAAGAUUCUGCAUUCAAAAACAGUGAGAUUUUUCUUUUCCAGAUUGAUGAUUUUAUAGUCUGAUGCAGAAAAUUGUAUAUGUACCCAGACUUUUUUCAGAAAACAUUAACAUGGUACUUAAGUGAUAUAGAAAUACAGCCAAGGUCAUAUGUAUACUGUAACUAAGGACUAUGUAGCCUAUAUAUAGUCCAAAAGAAUAAAGAAAAAUACAAAAUAAA